AGUGGAUCUUCAAAAGUUAAUUUCCUUUGACUUCAACCUUUACAAAAAGGUGUUAAUGGACCAAUAUUAAAAACAUUAAUACCUCAGUUAAAACGAACCAGGGGGUACAAAUACAACCCAGCUUCAUGUCAUUAUUGUGAGGGCAAGAGAAGAGAGUACACAGUCACAGCAGCUUCUGUAGGCCCCUACUUGAACAUGGCAACUCAGAAAUAUUCAAACUUCUCUAUUGAUUACAUUCUGGGAGACGACAGCAAAGAAACAGCAGAAUCACCUGGACUUGAUAAUCCAGCAUCUUCUCAGGAUUUCCCAGGACACUUGACCAAACUGGACCUACUCUACCAGGAUGGAUCUAGAGGUCAUUGUGAGCAUGCAGCACUGAUGGUGAACAUUCCAUCUCCAUCAUGGAAUGCAGGAAUGUACUGCUGCUGUGCUCCAAUCUCCUAUUAUCAGCCGGCUUUUAAUUCAGAGUACUAUGCAGCUCAAUCGUGGCCUUUUGCCGUGUCAGGUUGUGAUACAGCUGAGAAUCACUGCCACCAAACUGUAGCUCAGAGACAGCGCAGUCGAAUCCGAACGGUUUUCACCGAGAACCAGACGGAGACUCUCGAGCGGCUCUUCGCAAUCACCGACUACCCGAGCGCUGAAACCCGGGCGGAGUUAGCCAGAAACACCGGCCUCAGCGAGGAGACUGUGCGGGUCUGGUUCAAGAAUCGACGUGCACGUAGAAAGAGACAGACAACCUGCACAGACAAAAACACGAGGAGCACUCAAGAGGAUCAUCCUGAAUCAGAUUAAUUUAUGACUGAAUUAUAUCAACACAGACUUAAUGGCUUUUAAGAAUUGUUUUUAAAAGUAACCUACACUUUUUUUUUGCAGUGUAGCCUAAAUGUACAUUUUAUACGAAUA